GACAAAUCUCAUGUAGAUGUCAUCAGUGUCAACGUCAAUUGCUUAAUUCUUAACCAACAAUAUUUAUUUGUUGAGAGUUGAGAUAGAAAUUAUUUAUCUUGGUUGGACAUUCAUUCAUAAUAGAAUUUUGUUGAUAAUGGCUCUACCUCGUGUGUUUGCUAGUGCUUUUAAUUUAGUGAAAUCUGGUCCAUUAAAUUAUAAUUCUUGCAAAGUUAUUCCACGAUAUUUUCACCUGUCAAAUUGUGCAUUCGCAGACCGAUUAUACACUGAUAAACAUGAAUGGGUGGAAGUUUCAGGAAAAGUAGGAAUUAUAGGAAUAUCACAGUAUGCACAGGAAGCUUUGGGCGAUGUCGUGUAUGCACAAUUACCUGAUGUAGAUACAGACCUAAAACAAAAAGACGAAUGUGGAGCUUUAGAAAGUGUAAAGGCAGCUAGCGAAAUAUAUAGUCCGAUUUCAGGUAGAGUCGUAGAGAAAAAUAGUGAAGUGGAGGAAAAACCUUCGCUUAUCAAUUCUUCUUGUUACGAUAAAGGUUGGCUGUUCAAAGUUGAAAUAAAAGAUGAAAGUGAAAUUACAAAAUUAAUGACAGAAGACCAAUAUAAAGAAUUUUUGAAAACUGUGGAAUCCCACUAAUUUUCCUCUUGUUGAAUCAUAUUUUGUUAUUUGUAAAUAAAUAGUUUUUUUCAUU